AUGCACGCAGCCCGCAGAACUCGAGCACUCAACCUCGCACACCCAACCCGCACUCGCUCACCCGCCCCAUCCACCUCGCACGCCCUCGUCGCCCGCCAAAUGUCGUCGACCCGCUCGGUCAAGCACCAGCAGCCCCAGGAGGACACAUCUGUUGGCCCAAUGUACCGCUUCGAGCGCACGCUGCCCUCCCUGCCCGUCCCGACACUCGAAGAGACCGCAGACCGCUACCUCGCUUCCAUCAGGCCCUACCACACCGCGCAGGAGCCAGCCGCGUCGUCCGAGCCGCUCGAGAGCUGGGCAAAGUCGGAGCAGGCCGUCAAGGACUUUGUCAAGAGCCCGCUCGUCAACGAGCUCCAGCAGCGCUUGCAGAAGCGCGCACAGGAGAAGGACAGCUGGUUGUCCGAGUGGUGGAACGAGACGGCCUACUUCGGAUGGCGCGGACCCGUCGUCCCCGGCGUCAACUACUACUACGCCCACAAGGAUGACCGCUCCCGACGGACCGGUCCCGCACGAGCAGCAGGCCUCCUCCGCGCCCUCCUCUACUUCCGACGUCUCUGCAUCACCCAACAACUCGAGCCGGAGAUGGCGCGCAAGACCCCCCUCUGCAUGUCCUCCUACAAAUACCUCUUCAACGCGACUCGUCUCCCCACGUCUCCCUCCGACACGGCCAAGAUCUACGAUCCCGAGACACACAACCAUAUUGUCGUCGUCAGGAAGAACAAGUUUUACGAGGUCCCGGUCGUGGAUGAGAAGGGCGAGUGGUUGAGCGAGAAGGAGUUGGAGGUUCUCUUCAAGCAAGUCGUCGAUACCGCCGGCUCCGAAGCCGACCCUCACCCCGUCGGCGCCCUCACCGCCGCCGACCGCGACACCUGGGAUCAAGCGCGUACGAACCUGAUCCAGCACGACGCGACGAACGAGAAGCUCCUCGAGCGGAUUGAGUCGGCUAUCAUCAUCGUCUCGCUGGAUUCGAACAGCCCUUAUACGAGGGAGGAACAUAGCUGGGGACUUUGGGUUGGGGAUGGGAAGGACCGGUGGUUCGACAAGCACCAGCUCGUCGUCUUCGAGAACGGCAAGUCGGGCUUCAACGGCGAGCACUCAUGCAUGGACGGCACGCCCACUUCCCGCCUGAACGACUGGCUCCUCCGCUCCCUCGACCACGGCAAGAUCGACCUCGGCUCGUCCACCCCUCGCGCCGCUUCCGCGCUUCCCAAAAUCACCCCUCUGGCAUUCAACCUCCCCGACUCGGUCAAAUCCGCCAUCUCCUCCUCCAUCGCGGCGCACGAGUCGACCAUGGCGAAGCACGACCUGGCGGUUCUCGAAUACGCAGGGUACGGGAAGGACCAGAUCAAGCAGUACAAGACUUCGCCCGACUCGUACGCCCAGCUCGUCAUGGGCCUCGCGUACUACAAGAUGGAGGGCAAGGUUGCGCCUACGUACGAAUCGGCUCAGACGAGGAAGUAUAAGCUUGGAAGGACGGAGGUCAUCCGCUCGACGAGUCCGGAGGCGCUCGAGUGGUACAAGGCCAUGGAGGACCCGAAGCGCAGCAGCACCGAGUGCGUCGAGUUGUUCCGCAAGGCCGCUGCCAAGCACAUCAAGCUCGCUGGCGAGGCUGCCGACGGACGCGGCGUCGACCGCCACCUCUUCGGCCUCAAGAAGGUCCUCAGGGAAGACGAAGAGUUGCCAGCGCUCUACCAAGACCCGACCUUCGCUCAGUCGGGCAACUGGAUCCUCUCGACCUCCCAGCUCUCGUCCGAAUACUUCGCAGGCUGGGGCUACGGCGAAGUCGUCGAUGAGGGGUACGGGCUCGCCUACGCCGUCAACAACCGGACGUUGCGCUUCACCAUCACGUCGAUGAACCGCGGCAAGCACAACAAUGUCCAUGCGUUCAGGCAUUACCUUGAGCAGGCGUGCAACGAGGUGCGCGAGAUGAUGGAGAAGGGCGGAGCGGUGCCCAGCGCCGACAAGGCCAAGCUGUGA